GGAACGCUCACCGUCGCUUGCAUGAAUAGUAACACUAGCCACACUGUGAGUGGUGGUGUUGUAGAGAUCGAGGCACUCAUCGACAAGCUCAACGAGAACAAGAUCUUUGCGCGGAAGCUUCAGGUAGAGAUGGCAUACCACUCGAAAUUCCUGGACCCCAUUUCGCAAGAGUACGUCGAGUGUAUCGGAAGGAUCCAGCCUCCGAGUUCCCGUGCCAAUCAUUCUUCCGACGUGCUGUUCUUCUCGUCGGCAUACGGGACGCAGAUACAACAUUCCAAGUUGCAAGACGCGAACUAUUGGACCAAAAAUCUAACCUCCCCGGUGCGGUUCAAUGAUUCCGUGACGGCUAUGCUUCGAGCUCUUAACAGUGUCAAGGGCGAUGGUGGUUCAUCUCAGCUCAUUACAGACAUUGUUGAAGUUGGUCCUCAUUCCGCCUUGCGGGGUCCUCUCCGAAACAUUGUGCAGGAUAUCAGGGUCAACAGCGAUGUGAAGUACCACCACCUGCUCAAACGGGGGGAGCCUGACUUGAAGGUUCUCAUGGGAGCAAUUGGAUCGUUAUUCUGUCGGGGCAUUCAAAUUGACUUGCUCAAGGUCAACCACAUCCUCGGUGCCCAGCCGUCAAUGAUGAUUGACCUCCCUCGGUACCCCUUCAACCACACGCGAGAGUAUUGGAACGAAUGCCGACUAAGCAGAAACUUCCGUUUCCGGCCGUACCCACGACAUGAGCUCCUCGGAGCGCCCGUCAACGAUUGGGAUGGAAAGUAUGACGCCAUCUGGCGCAACUGGAUUCGUCUGUCUGAGAAUCCAUGGGUGGAACACCACACCAUCUCGGGAUCUGUACUGUAUCCUGCUGCUGGUAUGCUUGUUAUGGCUAUCGAGGGCUGCAGGCAACUUUCGGAGCGUUCGAACCCAGGAAAGCCGAUCAAGGGCAUCCGGUUCCGCGAAGUCUCUUUCCAUUCGGCCUUGCAAGUCCCUGAGGGUGCUUUGGGCGUCGAGUCCCACCUAUACCUUCGGCCCGUGAAGCAGGCUGCCUUGGAGACCAAGGCUUCAGCGUGGCGCGAGUUCCAGGUUUGCACAGCCCAGGACGACGACGAAUGGCGCGAACAUUGCUGCGGUCAAGUUCUCGUGGAGUACGAUGAGCCGGCUACGGCUGUUGAUGGCGGUCUCGAAGAGCGGGCUUUCAAAGCUCAUUGCGAAGCCAGGAUUGAUCGGAGUCAGCGGAACUUCACGAGUCGCGUUUCGUCCGAAAAGAUCUAUAAAUCUUGGGAGAAUGUCGGCUUGGUCUUUGGCCCUACCUUUCAGACCGUUGAACACGCCAUUGUCGACCAUGAAGCCGGCGUCACCCUGGCCAGAGUCAAACCUACGACACCUCUCCUGAAGGCUCUGAUGCCUUGCGGCUACUUGCAACCUCACUUGAUUCACCCUACGACGUUGGAUGGCGCACUUCAAGCAUGCCUGGUGCCACUCGUUUCCAACCCCUCCAAUAAGCAAAAGAACGCUAUUGUCCUUUCUUUCAUGGAAGAACUUUGGGUCUCUACUUCGGAGCACUCGAAAGAUGGCUAUCUUGUUAUUGCGGACUCCGAAGCCCACGGCCGCAAAACGCAUCACAUGUCCUGCAUCGCCGUUGAUUCUGUUUCAAAAACGCCCAUGAUUCGAGUUUCGGGAUGUGUCGUGACAGAGAUUGACGGAAACAAUGACGACUCAAUCUCUAAGCAGGACCCUAGACAUAGAGCAUGGAGCAUCGAUUGGGCUCUUGAUCCUGAGUUCUUCAAUACAGAACAGACAGAGAGAGCUUUUUCGGGGCCCGACGGGUUCCAGACGUAUCUCAGUGUCCUGGUCCACAAGAAUCCUUCGAUGAAGUUCCUCGACAUUAGCAACCAAGCUUCUUCUUUCACGAAAGAUGUUCUGUCCACGUUGUCUCGGCGUUGCGCGCAGUAUGACUUUGCCGCAACUUCAUCUUUAUUUUUAGAUGAAUCAAAGAAGGCCAUUUCGGAAGAUUAUGUGCAAUAUAAGACUUUUGAUAUCGCGGAGGACCCAGCGUCCCAGGGCUUCGAUGUGGCGUCAUAUGAUCUUUUAUUUGCGCCGGUCUCUUUGAUACCCAAUACGCACAUCGAUGGGUUCCUGAACAUGUGUCUCAGUCUCGUGAGACCUGGUGGUAAGUUCGUUUUGACGGCGGCGAGCAGUCCUAUUGUGGCAAGGAGCUGGGGCGAGUAUCUUGGCGAGACCGGGCUUGCUAUCGACGCUGUACUUUGCGAACAGGGUUUAUCGGUCUUGGUGGCGACCACCCCGGUAGCGAGCACCCCGUUGUCUCGUGGAACUGAUGUUGAACCGCCAUCUGGAAGCUACUAUAUUGUAGGAGAUCUCUCUUCGCCAGUCCAGCGCGACGUGGCUGAGGAGCUGGCAUCCUCUCUACAGUCAAAGGGCUUGUCGGUCAAGACUGCUACGAUCCCACAAUACGCUCAGCUCGCAGAAUCAGUGUCCAAAGAAGAUAUUUUUCAGAGCACCUGUAUCUUACUUGCGGAGCUGGAAACGGACCUACUUGCUUCAGCCAAUAACGAGAUCCUGAGGGCUGUGAAAGCCAUGAUUACUGGAAAGCGCCUGCUUUGGGUCAACAAAGAUUUCUCUCCUGACACCGCUCUCGUCAACGGCUUUGCUGCGAGUAUCCGAUUGGAGAAACCCGAACUUCAGUUUGUCACUCUCACCUUCAAUCCCCAAGAGAGCAACAGCACCAUUUCAGACAGGAUCGCCAUAGUAGACGCACACCUUUCGAGCAGCAAGGGUUCUGUGGAAACCAUGUACAGGAUUGCCGAUGGUCUGGUCACGAUUCCACGCCUCGUCGAAGUCUCCUCAAUCACGAGGCACAUCAAGCAGGCUUCUGCUGACGAUACAUCUGAGGUCGCUUUUGGCGCGAAUCUGAGUCGACCACUACGACUUCAGAUCCAAACCGUUGGUCUUUUGAAUUCUCUCCAUUUCGCCAGCGACCACCAGCACACUACUCCCCUGGACGACCUCGAGGUUGAAUUUCAGACUAUGGCUACUGCCGUCAACUUCAAGGACUUGGCCGUCAUGCUCGGAAAGAUCCAAGAGACACCUGUGGGUCUCGAGGCCGCGGGAAUUGUCACCCGAGUCGGCUCAGGAGUCACGCGCUUCAAGCCUGGCGAUCGUGUGUUUGGCUUCACUUUCAAUGGCGCAUUUUCUACGUACGGCAGAGGUGCUGAAGGCACUCUGGCCAAGGUACCCGAAGACCAAUCUUUUGCUCAAGCCGCGGUUAUCCCUAUCGUGUACACAACGGCAUAUGCCUGUCUCUACGACAUUGGAGAACUAGAGAAGCGGAUGAGACGUGUUCAGAAGCCUAGCUUGCUAAUUCAUGCGGCGGCUGGCGGUGUUGGUCAAGCUGCCAUUCAGCUGGCUAAACGUGAGGGUAUCGAGAUCUUUGCAACAGUUGGCAGCAUCGAGAAGCGAGACUUUCUCGAGGAGACAUAUCAGAUACCUCGAGAUCACAUCUUCUCAAGCCGUGAUCUGACCUUCAAGGAUGGCAUUCGGAGAUUGACUGGAGGCCGGGGCGUCGACAUUGUCAUUAACAGUCUUUCCGGUGACACGCUUCGUGCCACCUGGGAGCUUGUUGCGCCGUUUGGGUGCUUUGCCGAGAUUGGUCUGGCCGACAUUGAGUCUAGAUCUCGUAUCUCCAUGGGUUCCUUUGCCCGAGGCGUGAGGUUCGAGUCCCUUGAGUUGAAUUACAUGCGACAAACGGAUCCGGAACGCCUAGGUGGGCUUUUUGCACGCGCCAUGGAAAGUGUCAUUGGCCGCGAUCUCGAGCGUGUAACACCCAUCACGAAAUACCCCAUUUCCAAAAUUCAAGAUGCCAUGCGGUUCAUGCAGUCUGGCAAGCAUAUUGGAAAGAUUCUCAUUGAGUACCACUCUGGCGAUCUGGUUCAAGUAGUUGAGCCAUGUAGACCCCGUGCCGAGUUCGUCUCGAAUGCUACCUACAUUGUCUCUGGCGGCUUUGGUGGUCUUGGCCUGGAAAUUAUCCGUUGGAUGGUUAGCCAGGGGGCGCGCAAUCUUAUCAUUACUUCACGAAAGGGACCCGUCGACGAAAAUGCGAAGGAUUUCAUCAGAAAUCUCCAAAGCAAUGGCAUCACGGUUGUUGCUCCUUGUUGUGAUAUUACCGAUAAGAAGGGACUUGAGCAGGCCAUCGCUUCGGCGCUAUCUUAUCUGCCGCCAGUGCGUGGGUGCAUUCAGGCUUCUACGGUCCUCAGUGACAACGUUUUCGCUGAGAUGACCCUCGAGGAGUGGAACGCAGCAGUCAACGUUAAGGUAGCGGGAAGUAGAAACCUGUGGGAAGUCCUCAUUGCCACUAAAAAUGACGAUUCAACACUUGACUUCUUCGUCAUGUUGUCGUCUCUCACCAGCGUCACCGGUAACAACGGUCAAGCAAAUUAUAGCGCGGGCAACUCGUACCAAGACGCCAUGGCGCGCUUCUUGUCGUCUCAAGGCCACAAUGUAGCCGCCCUUGACGCCCCAGUGUUGACCGAUGCUGGCAUGGUCGCUGCGAGACCGAUGCUGAGGGAGUAUCUUCUCUCAAUCGGCUGGGCUAGCAUGUCUGUGGAAGAGCUUGUCAAUGCACUGGAUUACCACUGUCGCCCCAGGUCUGAGACCGCGGAGCUCAAGGUAAAGGGUGCUCAAGUCAUUCCCAGGCUCUGGUUACCCAAAUACUCGGCGGAUGAAGGCGCUGAGCAGCCCAAAUGGCAGCAUGAGCCGAUGUAUAACCACCUAGUUUUCCACGGCGCUCAUAGUGGCGGUUCCUUGCCCGGCAAGCAAAGCUCUGCGAAGCGCUCAGUUGGCGACCUCAUCGCUGCCGCCGAGUCCCUGGAAGAUGCCGAGGAAGCCGUGCUCGAUGCUUUGCUAGGACAACUGGCCAAGAUUCUCAGCUACGAGCUAGCAGAUCUGGAUCCCUCCAAGCCCUUGAAUGCGUAUGGUGUAGAUUCUUUAGUGGCUGUAGAACUUCGAGUAUGGAUGACUAAGGAGGUUGGCGCAGACAUUUCGGUCUUUGAGAUUACUGGCGGCCAGGGCAUCAAACAGCUUGCGGGAAAGGCCGCAGCUACUUCGAGGUUUCGGCAAAAUGCUACUGGAAAGUAACUCUGUUUGUCCUCAUGAGCAGCAGUCUCUUCGACAAAAAGGGUUACGGUACUAGCUAGCCAGAACUGACUAUAUAGAUAGACGGAAAUGAACAAACAUCAAACGCAAGGGGGAUUUACGAAGACACGUUCUUCCGGCUGGAGUUUACGGCCAUGACCCAAAUUUCCAAGACGGCAAGCUCCCAGCGACACACUGAAAUUGGUGUCAGCCUUGGUUAGCCAUGGUAUUGGCACACAAUAGAAGUGCCAAGGACCGUUUUGAAUGUCUUCGAAAGCAUCGAACAGCUUGCACA